AAAAAAUUGUGAAAAUCUUGUAUGCCAUAAUAGGAGUUUGGAUUUUUAUAGGUGGGGAAGUGACAUAGUUUUGUGUUUUAGAAAAUUGAUCAUAGCAGUUAAUGAAUAGAAAGGUCUGUAGGAGAAGAGAUUGGAGACAUUUAUUCACCAAAUAAUUAUUGGACAAACAAUACAUACAACAAAACGAGUGAAUGCAGCAAUUCUGACCUCAGGUAGGUAGAUUAUAGUCAAGGAUGCCAUUUAAGGCUCUCCCUUAGUUCAGGAAGAUUAUAUGUGAAUUAAGGAAUUUGUGGUGGGAAUGGAAAUGAGACCCGGUUUCAAAGAAAUGUAGGAGUUCAAGUCUCCAGACUUAGUGUUGGAGGUGACAGAAGUUGGUGUUCAAGUUUGGAGGUGGGAAUACUCAGUUUGCAUUCAGAUGAGUACUUAUGCUUUUUAGAUAAGCAGUGAUACGACCAAGAUACGAGAUGAACAUGCAGAUCUGGAUCAGGAGACCGGUCAGAUUUAUAGAUCUCAUAAUCAAUGGAUAAAGUGGGGAAAAUGUGGAAUAACUUCAAAUACAGGUGUCAGAAUCUCUUCAGUCACGAGGGAGGAAGCCGCAGCCAAAGUGUGGACAUGAACUCCAACAGAUGUUUGGCUGUCAAAGAGAAAAGCAUCAGUCUGGGAGACUCAUCUCCUCAGCAACAAAGCAGUCCCUUACGAGAAAAUGUUGCCUUACAACUGGGAUUAAGCCCUUCAAAGAAUUCUUCAAGGAGAAACCAAAAUUGUGCCACUGAAAUCCCUCAGAUUGUUGAGAUAAGCAUUGAGAAGGAUAGUGACUCCUGUGUGACCCCAGGAGCAAGACUCUCACGAAGAGAUUCCUACUCUAGACAUGCCCCAUGGGGUGGGAAGAAAAAACAUUCCUGUUCCACAAAGACCCAAAGUUCACUGGAUACUGACAAAAAGUUUGGUAGAACUCGAAGUGGACUUCAAAGACGAGAAAGACGCUAUGGAGUCAGUUCUGUGCAUGACAUGGACAGUGUUUCCAGCAGAGCUGUGGGGAGUCGCUCUCUGAGACAGAGGUUGCAAGACACUGUAGGCUUAUGUUUCCCCAUGAGAACUUAUAGCAGGCAGUCGAAGCCACUCUUUUCCAAUAAGAGAAAAAUACAUCUUUCUGAAUUGAUGCUGGAGAAAUGCCCUUUUCCUGCUGGCUCAGAUUUAGCCCAGAAAUGGCAUUUGAUUAAACAGCAUACAGCUCCUGUGAGCCCACAUUCAACAUUUUUUGAUACAUUUGAUCCAUCUUUGGUGUCUACAGAAGAUGAAGAAGAUAGGCUUCGAGAGAGAAGGCGGCUCAGUAUUGAAGAAGGGGUCGAUCCCCCUCCCAAUGCACAGAUACAUACAUUCGAAGCUACUGCACAGGUGAAUCCAUUAUAUAAACUGGGACCAAAGUUAGCUCCUGGAAUGACAGAAAUAAGUGGGGACAGUUCUGCAGUUCCACAAGUUAAUUGUGACUCAGAAGAGGACACAACCACCCUAUGUUUGCAGUCACGGAGGCAGAAGCAGCGCCAGGUGUCUGGAGACAGCCAUGCCCACGUUAGCAGACAGGGAGCUUGGAAAGUCCAUACGCAGAUCGAUUACAUACACUGCCUUGUGCCAGAUUUGCUUCAGAUCACAGGGAAUCCCUGUUACUGGGGAGUGAUGGACCGUUAUGAAGCAGAAGCCCUUCUUGAAGGGAAACCAGAAGGCACAUUUUUGCUCAGGGACUCUGCGCAAGAGGACUACCUCUUCUCCGUGAGCUUCCGCCGCUACAACAGAUCCCUACAUGCCCGAAUUGAGCAGUGGAAUCACAACUUUAGUUUUGAUGCCCACGACCCGUGUGUGUUCCACUCCUCCACUGUAACAGGACUUCUAGAACAUUAUAAAGACCCCAGUUCUUGCAUGUUUUUUGAACCAUUGCUUACUAUAUCACUGAACAGAACUUUUCCUUUCAGCCUGCAGUAUAUCUGCCGUGCAGUAAUCUGCAGGUGCACGACGUAUGAUGGGAUCGAUGGGCUCCCGCUGCCAUCAAUGUUACAAGAUUUUUUAAAAGAAUAUCAUUAUAAACAAAAAGUUAGGGUUCGCUGGUUAGAGAGAGAACCAGUCAAGGCAAAGUAAACUCUCCUGUCCCAAAAGGCAUUCACUACGUCUGCUUUCAUGUGCAUCAGACAGCACACCUAUAGGGAGCACAGUGUCAGUGCUAGGAUUUUUCACACAGUAUGUUUAGUUAUUAACCUCUGUCAUAUGGGAUCUGCUGUUACUCAAACAUGGUGCCUAUUUGAAACACCCGGAUAGAGCUCCAGGUGUACAGUGAGGCUAGGAGAACACUUGCCAGGUUAGCUACCAGUUUGGUUUUGUAGUAAUUUGGUGUAGUAAUUGAGUGAGGCAGCUGGGGCAUUUGCUAUGAAGAAUUCUAUUUCUUACUGAAGAACAAAUUAUUAAUAUUGGAUGAGUAUUUCAACAGUGUGACUAAUGUUUGAAAUUAUUUUUUCUAAGAAUUUUUCUAUAACCUUACAAGAGUAGUGAUGUUUGUAGUUACAAUAAAUCAAGCUUUGGACAUCCAAAUAAAUAAGUAAAAGACUGCCUUUUCAAAAAAAUGCAGUUUUCUGGCCACACGGGCAUAGUGCAGUUCACUUAAGUGUUGAUGUAGUUUAUAGUCAGUCUCCUUUUCUCUUCUGCAAAAGGAACUGUUAAGUAAACCAGGUUUUCUAAAGUCAUUCUUAAAGAAAUUUCAGACUUACAAAGUUAGAAGUCUCAUUUUAUUUAAAGGCCCUUGGUAUUAAUUUUUUAAUGAGUGCUUCAACUUUAAACUUGCAUUUGAAAUCGCUGCUGCAAUUGUAGUCAGGUGUGUGACUUUUUUAAAGCUGACAUGUGCAGUCUAAACAUGGUUUCACUAAAGUUGGAUCUUUUCCUAUGCCCAUGAUGAGCUUGUGAGCCAUGACAAAAAUGAGACUAGAUGAUGCCUAGAUAAGUCAGAUAAUAGUAACUACAGUGGUUGCUGAUGUUGAGAUUAUUGUUAAACUAUAAUUAAUGAUUUGGAUGGCAGUGUUUAUCUCUUUGUUGUAAGCUCUCAUAGCUAAAUUGCUUAAGUAUAAUUUAUAGCACUUCAGUGCAGUUAAUUCUUAAUGAAAAAUAUGAAACCUAAAUUGCAGAUUUCAAAGGUACUGUACAAGCAUUGUAUCUGUAAAUAACUUUACCUAGCACCUUUUUGUCACUUAGAAUAGUACGUAAUACAACUUGAGUGAGCGCUUUGGGAAGUAUUAUCAAGUUCUAGUGUUGCUUCUUAGUAUUGAACUGAAUUUUCAGUUCUGUCCUAGACAUUUGCACUACAGUAGCCAAUUCCAUUCUCCUAUCUUUUUGUUAAUGUGCUCUGUACUGCUGGUGAGUGCUCCUUAGUUUCCAUACCAGCUGGUACAGGUUAUUUUAUAUCCCUAUGGCUAUUUCCAAGGCUACAAAAAAGAAAAGCUAUAUUUGUAUGCAACACUAAUAGCCCUUUGACUGCUAAUGUAUGUUUCUGCUUGCUGUGCCUUGUUAUGGCUGCUUUUUUGUGCUAAUAAAGUAUGUUUGGUGUUGUUGUAUAUCUGCUGUUUUAUACAUUUGCAACAAUUUCUCUUGUACGUGGAAUGGUUUGGGGUUUUUAAUUUAGCAUUACCUGACAACCUACUCUAGUUAAUGCAGAUUUACCUACAGUCUAAUACUGACUUAUCAGAAUAAGCUAACUUUCAGUUUAGAGCUCUCCACCUUUCUAAUCCUAAUCAUAUAUACUGUGUCACAGUAUCUAUAGUCACUGCAAAUUACUGUACAGUUUAGAUUGCAACAGAAAAUUCACAGAGAAAUUAAAAACCUAUUGAUUUCUCUGCUCAUAAGUGAAAAGAUUGAAACUGUCAAUAACAUAUUACAGUAAAUGAGCAUUUAUAGCAUUCAGCUGCAUCAGAAACAAGUAAAAUGAAGUCUCGUGAACUUACUUGUUCAAGUCACCAUUUAUUAGUUUGGGGACCAUUUUAAUUGAAAAUAAAUGCCCAAAAUGUAGACCUUUAACCAAAGACUUGUCCAUUUUACUGCAAAAUGGGGAUUUAAGGGACUUAGAAUUUCUGUUAUUUCUAUUAGAAGUCCCUCAAGAAAUAUAUACCAAGUGUUUGAGAACUUCAUCCAAACCUACUUUAAAGUAUUAUGUGCAAUUAAGUUGUUAUGACAUAAUUAUAUUGCAUAAUUAUUGGGUCCGUUUUCUUGUGCUUAUAAUGUACCUGGGAAAUAAACCUCUUGAAAAAACAGUCCGCACCGAUUCUUGGAGAAGGACUACAUAUGCAAGUAAGACGGUGUGGUGAAGAGGUAACUUGAAACUCCAAGAAAGCACUUGAUGUUUUUAUGUGUUUGUUGCAAAUUGAUGUUCUAAGUGUAGUUUUUUAGAAAGUAUUAAUGCUUUUAUGUAUUUUGCAACUUUCCUAUGUUAAAUGCAAAUUGUUUUAAAUGUGUAACUUUUGAGUUUAUGUAAGCAUGUGUACACUGCUAAAAGUCACUUUUGUUUCAGUUUGUGUAUAAUAUUAAUAUGCAACUUUUGGUUUAAAUUUUUUUCUUAAAAUAUUAGUGGCUUACAUUUUAAAAAAGAAAAAUCACCAGCAUGAAAGUGCAUCUAAGUCUAUAUUCAGUGUGUCUUUUUCUGAGUCCAUUGUAGCCGUCAACUAAAUUUGUGAUUUUAAUGGUAUUUUUUUGAAGUGCAUUUUAUUACAAACCAGGAAAUGCUUUAGAAGAUGGGACAUCUUCGUAGUGAAAUAAUUAGCUCAAGGAGAAGUCACUUUGAUUCAUAACCACUAUCAUUUUCAUACACACACCCCUCUACCUUUCCCUCUCCCCUCUCUCCCUCCUCCCUCUUUCUCCUUCUAUCUCCCU